CCACAGCCUCGGCCUCCUCUCGGGACACGCCUGUGACCUGCUGCCGGGAAGCUUCAGCCCCGCGGCUCCGCGUGCUGCGGCCUCAGGUUUCUUUACCUCCAGAAAGAAAAACGUUUGACACCUUGCAUCCUGGAAGUUCAUUUAAGAGAGUGAAAUUAGGGACUUCUUUCAAAUUUGGACAUGGCUAAUCGAGGAGCAACAAGACCCAACGGGCCAAAUACUGGAAAUAAAAUAUGCCAGUUCAAACUAGUACUUCUGGGAGAGUCUGCUGUUGGCAAAUCAAGCCUAGUGCUUCGUUUUGUGAAGGGCCAAUUUCAUGAAUUUCAAGAGAGUACCAUCGGGGCUGCUUUUCUAACCCAAACUGUGUGUCUUGAUGACACAACAGUCAAGUUUGAAAUAUGGGAUACAGCUGGUCAAGAACGAUACCAUAGCCUAGCACCAAUGUACUACAGAGGAGCACAAGCAGCCAUAGUUGUUUAUGAUAUCACAAAUGAGGAAUCCUUUGCCAGAGCCAAAAACUGGGUUAAAGAACUUCAGAGGCAAGCUAGUCCUAACAUUGUAAUAGCUUUAUCAGGAAACAAGGCUGACCUUGCAAAUAAAAGAGCUGUCGAUUACCAGGAAGCACAGUCCUAUGCAGAUGACAACAGUUUAUUAUUCAUGGAGACAUCAGCUAAAACAUCAAUGAAUGUAAAUGAGAUAUUCAUGGCAAUAGCUAAAAAGUUGCCAAAGAAUGAACCACAGAAUCCAGGAGCAAAUUCUACCAGAGGAAGAGGAGUAGACCUUACUGAACCCACGCAGCCAACCAGGAGUCAGUGUUGUAGUAACUAAACCUCCAGUUUGAACUAGCUGGAAUAUUCUUCUGCUUCCUAAAUGUUAAUAACGGUGGAAUUGGAGCAUUUAACCAGCCCAGUAUGACUUCAAAAAGAAGAGACUUAUGAUAGAGUCAAGUUUCUAAUACAGAAUUAUUUUAAGUGUUUUGAACUUAAUUUUUAAUAACAUGCAUGUGACCCUCUGAAUAAUGUUUCAGCAGUAGAAGGGGGAAAUGAGAGUUGUGUGUACACUUGUUUCCUUGGAAGGUUAGGGGGAAUCGUUUCUCAUCACCAGGGAUGUAGACAAAUGACUGUCUGAACCCACAGUUAACCAGCCAGUAAUAUGAAAAAGAUUUGGAACUUAUUCAUUUGGGCUUUUCAAAAACAUUCUUUUUUUAGAAGGGAGUUCUAAAGAUACUUGUGCUUAACUGCAGUAUUCAGGCAACCAGUAAUUUCUCUUAGUAUCCAUAUUUAAAGUGUACAUUCCAUAUUUUAACAAAUGAGCCACAAGAAAACAGUCCCACAUAUUCAGGGGGAAAAAAUGAAUAAUAGUGGCAUCUAAAUUAUAGCCAGUCUUGUUAUUUUUUAAAUGGAGUAAAUCAAAUGUAACUCCACCUUGUUUUAGGAAUGUGAAAACUGAUAAACGUAUCUUAAUGGAUAGUGUUCCCUUCAAACAUAUGAGCUCUUCUAACAAAAAUGAAGCAAACCAGGUAUUUGUGAUUCUGUUUAAUCACUGCUGGCCAUUACAUAGGGUUUGUUGUUUAGGGGCAGGGAGGGGGCUUUUGUUCCCUUUGGACAUAAUGUAGUCAAUGCACUAACAAUUAUGUACAUUCAAACUUGAUUAUUUUAAAUUUGAUCUUCAGCUGUACUGUAAAUAGGGUACUGCAUUGUAGUCUCCAUAUAUGUUUAUUACUUUUCUGUAAUAUUUAAGAGUUGCUUAAAGUAUACAAAAUGUACAGUUACUAAAACAGCUAAUUUUUUCCUUCUCUCCCCCUUUGAAAGGAAGGGGCUUCAGUUGUUCCUACAUGGCUAGAACCAUAAUAAACAAUGUACCAGUAAUUUGUAACAUAAGUAUUGCAAUAUGUUAGUAACAAUCUGGCAGCCUUGUUUUCCAAAGUUCAUUUUAUUUUCAUCAGUUCAGUAUAUUGCACUAAUUGUUUUAGGUAUUUUCAUUAUAUGAAAUCUACCAUGUGUCAGAGAUGAUUUAAUCUAUUUAAGUGUUGAACUGCUAGCAGAACUUGUACAUUUACAGUAAUUCAGAAUUAGUAAGGAAAACAGUUCACCAGUGUUUAGUUUUAUAUUGAGGUGCUCAGGUUGGAAUAAAGUGGUAUAAAAAGCAA